AUGUCGGGGGACUGGGAUGAAGACCUGUGUAAGAAGGCGCUGGUGCUGGUGGAGGAGCUGUGCUUCAACUCCCCGAGAGGUUACAGCCAGAGUGAACGCUGCCAGGAGUUCAGCUACCUGCUGAGAGGUAGCAACAGACAGCUGGACACAGAGAUCUCUGUCAGUCUGCUGUCGGUCAUCGUGACAUUCUGCGGCAUCGUCCUCCUCUCCGUCUCCCUUUUCGUCUCCUGGAAGCUCUGCUGGCUGCCAUGGAGGGACAAAGAGGGCGGAGGCCUGAGCCUGACAUCGGGGCUGCUGCCUGGAAGCGCCGGUGUGGGAAGCCUCGGAGGCACCGGGGGCUCGUCACUCUUACCACCCCUGCUGCAGAGGAAGGAAGGCCACUCCUCGUCCUCGCUCUACCCCUCCCUGGGCCAGCAGGGCCAGCACCACCCCCAUUUCUCUGACCUGGUGGGGUUGGAGAGGGGGGAGGUUGGAGGGGUGGUUGGGGGGCCACAGGAGACCCAGGAGCCAUCCUACCUGGACAUGGACUCCUACCCCAACAAUGCCGGAACUCUGAAGUUGAGUCAGACGUCUCCAGAUGUCCCCAACUCAGAGGUUGGCGCCCAGCCCCAUAAAGACCUGCCCAACGCUCAUUCCCAGCAGCAGGUCACCUCCCGGCCCAAGCCCAUGACUCACCAGCUCUCCAGCCCUGAUUUCCACGGCGAGGAGAAGGAGCAGGUAACCAGCAUCGGGCAGAUCAAACCGGAGCUCUACAGGCCCAAGGGCGACCUGGGCGACGGCAAACAGGGCGACAACUGCGGCAAGAUCAGCUUCCUCCUGCGCUACGCCUUCAAUACGGAGCAAUUAGUGGUGAAGAUCCUGAAAGCUCUGGACCUGCCGGCGAAGGAUGCCAACGGCUUCUCUGACCCGUACGUGAAGAUCUACCUACUGCCAGACAGGAAGAAGAAAUACCAGACCAAGGUCCACAGAAAGACCUUAAACCCGGUGUUCAACGAGACGUUCCAGUUCGGCGUGCCGCUGAGCGAGCUACAUUCCAGGAAGCUGCAUUUCUCCGUGUACGACUUCGACCGCUUCUCCAGACACGACCUGAUCGGCCAGGUGGUGGUGGACAACCUGCUGGACUUCAGCGAGGGCAGUGGGGACAAACCCGUCUGGAGGGACAUCGUGGAGGGCACCGUGGAGAAGGCUGAUCUCGGGGAGCUUAAUUUCUCGCUGUGUUACCUGCCCACUGCAGGCAGACUGACUGCUACAGUCAUCAAGGCCACCAACCUCAAAGCCAUGGACCUGACUGGCUUCUCAGACCCGUACGUGAAGGCCUCUCUGAUCUGCGACGGGCGGAGGCUAAAGAAGAGGAAGACCUCCAUUAAGAAGAACACACUGAACCCCACGUACAACGAGGCGUUAGUGUUCGACAUCCCCAAUGAAAAUAUAGAAAGUGUAUCCAUCAUCAUUGCCGUGAUGGACUAUGACUGUAUUGGUCAUAACGAGGUUAUAGGGAUGUGCCGUGUGGGCAGCGAAGCUGACGGUCCAGGGAGGGAGCACUGGACGGCCAUGCUGGCCAAUCCACGCAAACCAAUAGAGCACUGGCAUCAGCUUGUGGAGGAAAAAGCAAUUGGUACGUUCGUGUCGAAGACUGCUACAGCCUCCUCCCCGAAGCCGAACAUCGUGGUGGACAGUCCUCACUCCGAUUAAAACUGUGAGCUUCUCC